CCAUUUCCAGAGCAUGUUGCCUCUAUUUUGAGAGCACCUUUGCAAGAUGUGGAUAUUGAAGUUUUACCUGAAGGGAGUUUGUUUUUACCAGAAAUUAAGUAUAGAAGAAUUCUCAAUAAGGCCUUUUUGCCUGGAGGAUGGUGUUUAGUUCCACUCAAUGAUUAUCAAAUUUUGGAUAGUGGUAUAAUAAUUCAAGAGUAUGCCUUGUUCUGUAGAGGUCAAUUUGUUUCUCAAACAUUUGGUGAACAAACUUAUGAGGCAGGAUCAUUUAAGAGUAUUGGAAGUGCUUUGGAAGGUUGUAAAUCAAAUGCUCUCAUGAGAUGUUGUAAAGAUUUGGGAAUUGCCUCUGAAUUGUGGGAUCCAAACUUUAUCAAUGAAUGGAAGAAGGAAAAUGUUCUUGCUGUAUUGUGUGAAAAUGCCAAAACGAAAGCCAAUAAGGUUCUCUAUCGUCGUAAAGAUAGACCAACAUUCCAAUAUCCUUGG